AAGGGAUACAGCGAGUCAAAGCACGAGAACAGAAGCAAACGAUUCACUGAAGAGACGUUUAAUCUGAAUAUAUUUCUGACACAGCAUGGAAGUAACAAACACAAGGCGGAUCGUCCUACUGGGAAAAACUGGAACUGGGAAAAGCAGUCUGGCUAAUACCAUAUUUGGAGAAGCUACAUUCCAAAUUAGAAGUUUCAAUGACUCAAAUGAAUCUUUUUCUCAAAGCAAAACCAAGACUGUUGAUGGAAAAAGUCUAACUUUGAUCGAUACUCCUGGUUUCUUUGACCCAAGCAGGUCUGGGAUCUUGAAGCGUGAGAUACUGAGGUGUAUCGCAGAGUGCGCUCCGGGACCUCAUGCUUUUCUCAUUGUUCUCAAAGUAGAGAAAUUCACAGAGCACGAGAAGGCCGUCAUCACACAAUUAUGUAAGCAUUUCUCAGAAGAUGUCUUUAAAUAUGCUGCAGUUGUCUUUACUCGUGGUGACCAGCUCCUUGAAGGAAUGAAGAUCGAGGACUUUGUUACUCAAAGUGAAGACCUGACUGAUCUGGUGAAGAAGUGCGGGAACCGGUGCCACGUCAUUGACAAUAAAUACUGGAAGAACAAUCAGGAAGAUGACUAUAGAAACAACAAGUUCCAGGUGGCAGCGCUGCUCAAUAGCAUAGAAAAAAUAGUGACUGAAAACAGUGGAGGCUACUACACCAAUGAAAUGAUCCAAAGAGUGGAGAAAGAAAUUCAAAAAGAGGAAAAGUGCAUUAGAAAGUUAUCAGAAAAUCUGUCACAGGAAGAGAUCAGAAAGCAGGCUAAAAGUAACAUCAUUAAGAAACAGGUGGAAAAAGAACAAAAAGCACAUCUUAAAUAUUUUGUGGGUUUAGCAGUCUUUGCAGGAGUACUUGCAACUAUCUCAGCUUUGUUGAAAUCAAAUAAAAGCUGGGAAGGUAUUAAUGCACUGUCUUCUGUAGUGGAACAAAUCCCAGAGAAAAUCCCAGAGAUGAUCCCAAUUCAACCUAAACCAGUCCCAGUUCCACUCCCAGUACCUUGUGAAUAUGAAGUUGUAAUGGGUUUUGAGGCCAUCUGGAAUAAACUUCAUGCUUUGUAUGAGAGAACAUUCGAUCCAUGGAAUCUGUUUGAGUAAUGCACAGGGAUGCACAGCUAAAACAAUAAAACAGAUGAAUCACCAGACGU